UUCUGUUUUAAUAUAUAAGAUAUUGUAUUUUUGUUUUAAAAUUUUAAAUUCAAUAAUACUCAAAAAUAAUAAAAGGGAAAAAAAGAAUACGCAAAAACAUCAAAAACUUAAUUCUUUUUUUAUUAUUCUUACUACUAAGAGAAAAGAAUUCUUAAAAAAAUCUACUUAUUAAAGGUUGUUGGACCCGUUAAUUAACUAGCAAUAGAUUUGGUCUUACAAUAAUAUUUGACUAACAAUAUGUAAGCUAAAAUUUCUCUAACAAUAAUUGAUUACACCACUUUUUUUUUAGCAUGACAAAGUUAUACAACAAAUAAACUUGUAUUUAUUAGACCAUAUCACAUGACAAUGAUAUACACAAAUGUAGUUUUUAUACUUUAUUAUACUCUUUUCAAAACAUACAAUAUAGUUUAUAUACUUUAUUACACUCUUUCCUAAACAUCUAUAUAGUUCCAAAUAUUUACAAAAUCAAAUUUAAUACAAACACUUUAACAAACCAUAUGUAAAAAAUAAAACUAUAUAUUUUACGUUAAAUUAUUUUUUAUAGUUUAAAAUAAAAUUUGUAAUUUAAUAUAAUAUUAAAAAUUAUUUAAAAAAAAUUACAAAUCUAUACUACUAAAUUAGCCAAAAUCAACCAAGUAAAUCUUAAGUCUCACAAGUUCAACAAAUGUAACUCUUAUAAAAUGCACACAAAAUAUAAUGUGGGAGAGUAGUAUGGGCAUCGGGUCUUCUGGUUGAAUACCGAUCGGUUCUUUUCGGUCUAAGUUUUUUGGAUUCUAAACAUUUAGGUAUUUAAAAUUUUCUGGUUCGGAUUCGGGUCGAUUUUUUUGGGAUCAAGGUCCACAAUUUAAAUACCUACAAAAUACCUAUAAAUUUUGGGUACGUAACGAACCAAAUUGGUUUGGGGUUUUUAGGACUCGAAAAAUAUUCGAAGUACCCAAAAAUUAAAAAAUACUGAAACCCAAAAAAUAUCCGAAAACACAAAUAAAUUCCUGAAAAAUAUUUAAAUUACCAAAAAACCCAAAGUUUACGAUAAAUAUGACAUGAGGAACCUAAAAUACCUAAAAAACAUUUCUUUAUACCCAAAAUAUUUUUUUAUUUGAAUUUUACCCGAAACUAUAAUCAGAACUCUGGAUCCGAAACUUAAAAAACUAUUCAUAAUACUGAAAACACAUUCGAAAUACCAAAUACAUAUCUGAAAAACUCAAAUAUACCUAAUAUACAUAAAGCAUUUAAUAUACUUUGAAUACCCAACUGGGUCUCGGAUAGGACCCGUAAUCGAACAGAAACCGCAAGUCGACAAAAAAAUCAAAUAUGUACUUUGUCCUAGAUCCAAACCCAAACCACAACUAUAUUUCUUGGUUGAUUUUGGUUUGGUUUUUCGGAUCCGGUAAAAUAUCUAAGACUAAAAAGAGUUAUAUAAAAGUGUACAUACAAAAUCUUAUAUAUACAAAUUCACAAAUUAUAUAAUUUUAAACAAGUGAGUGCCCUUCUUCGAUAUAAUGACUUUGUAACAGAAUAAUGUACGCCAAUUCUAAAAUACUGAUUCGCAAAUUUUGUUUAUAAUCCAAAGAAAAACCCGCACUUUCGAAGCGCAGAUCAAAAUCUAGUUUUCCUUAUAGAUAAACACGAUAUCUUAACAUGUAAUGCUGUAAACAUAAAUAUAAACCCGGAAAAGAAAAAUCCAACAAGCCUAUAUUUACAGACUAUUUACAUGUAGCCUUCCUGCCUUAGUCUCUUGACUAAAACAUUGAGAAUCUUCAAAUGUGUUUGGAGAAAUUACAUUGUUUUAUUUUAUUAUGUAUAUCAAUGUUUAAUAAUUCCAAAUGCACCAACACUUAACUAUUCUAGGGGUUGAAUAAAUCAAUGAUUUUAAGAAUUUUCAUUGUUCAAGUUCGGUGUGUGCUAUCUAUAUGUAUAAAACAAAGUACGAACAUUAUCCAAUACCACGAGUCUAUAAAUCCUCCACAACCAUUGAUUGAAUCCCCUUGCACUUCUCAGAAAACCCUCUCUCUUAAUUAGUCUUUAUCUCAUCUCUAUCUCUAUCUCCCUCUAAUAUAUACACACAACUAAAUAAAGCUUAGGAACUGAAAUAUAUCUAAUCAUAAAAGGAAUGAAGAAGAGGUGUAAUGAAAAUGAAGAAGGUAUAGAGCAGAGAAAAGGGCCUUGGACGCUUGAGGAAGACACUAUUCUCACCAAUUACAUUUCCCAUAACGGUGAAGGCCGAUGGAAUGUACUCGCUAAAUCUUCUGGGCUAAAGAGAAAAGGAAAAAGUUGCAGAUUACGAUGGUUAAAUUACCUCAAACCCGACAUAAAGCGAGGGAAUCUCACUCCUCAAGAACAACUCUUAAUCCUCGAACUCCAUUGUCAAUGGGGUAAUAGGUGGUCCAAAAUUGCGCAGUAUUUACCGGGAAGAACGGACAACGAGAUCAAAAACUAUUGGAGAACUAGAGUUCAGAAACAAGCACGCCAGCUCAACAUCGAUUCCAGCAGCCACCAGUUC